GAGAGAUUUGGUACAUUAACAAGCUCGUACUACAGAGGAGCACAUGGAAUUAUUCUUGUUUAUGAUGUAACGCGACGAGAAACCUUUACAAACUUGUCAGAAAUAUGGGCUAAGGAAGUAGAGCUCUACUCCACAAAUCAUGAGAGUGUCAAGAUACUAGUUGGGAAUAAAGUUGAUAAGGUAAGUUGUACUGCUUAUCCCUUUGACAGUGAGAGAGCUGUAACUGUAGAAGAGGGGAUGGCUCUUGCGCAGGAGCAUAAAUGCUUUUUUCUUGAAUGUAGUGCCAAGACUCGAGAAAAUGUGCAGCAGUGUUUCAAAGAGCUCAUCUUAAAGAUAUUGGAGGUACCUAGUCUAAUGGAGAAGGGAUCUGUAUUUGCAAAGAGACACAUAUUGAAACAGAAGCAACCGUGUCAGUCGAAACAUGGUGACUUGCUAGCUUUCUGUGUUAAAAUGAGAUGGGGUAUGUUCUUCAUACUAAGGACACAUAUCAGUCAGAAGCUAGAAAAAGGCACGUUGCAUCGAGUUACCUAACGGGCCAGGAAAGAUUCGAGCUGCUGCCUCGCGAUCUUUAGAACAAGAAAUGCUACCCGGGUAAUUUGCAAAAUUUCAAGAGAUUUGAUAUCUAUUCUAAUGCAAGAGAGAAAAAGAGGCAUGCUCUGAAGAUGAUGGAGAGUAUGAAGAUUCCCCACAUACUUGAGAGGGCUGUUGGGAUGUGAAAAGGAAGCCAGUAUGAUGUGUGAGACAAAGGUUGCUGUUUUUUUUUUUUAAAUUGACAUCCUUAUUUGGGAUACAAAGUUUGAG